CACAAUAUAGCGGAAGUACAUCGUCUUCCGGCCUCUUUGGUCCCGGCCGCAGAAGCAAGAUGACGAAAGGAACGUCAUCGUUCGGAAAGCGUCGUAACAAGACGCACACGUUGUGCCGCCGCUGUGGCUCCAAGGCCUACCACCUUCAGAAGUCGACCUGCGGCAAGUGUGGCUACCCCGCCAAGCGGAAGAGAAAGUAUAACUGGAGUGCCAAGGCCAAAAGACGAAAUACCACCGGGACUGGGCGAAUGAGGCACCUAAAAAUUGUAUAUCGCAGAUUCAGGCAUGGAUUCCGUGAAGGAACAACACCUAAACCCAAGAGGGCCGCUGUUGCAGCUUCCAGUUCAUCUUAAGGAUUUCAGCAGUCACGCAAUAAAUUUCUGGUUUUAAAAAAUG